CCCAACAUCAAUCACAGGCUCGGCAAUAAGUCUCAACAACCACCUCUGAUUCUUACCUAGUAACGUGCCCUAGCUGCCUCUCAGCACUCUCAUAGCAGUUUCAAAUCUUAGAUAUGAGCGACCUGGAUAAGGCGAUUGCUCAACUCCGAGCGUGUCGUCCAAUACCUGAGCCGCAAGUGAGGGAGCUCUGUCACAAAGCGAGAGAGCUGUUAAUCGAAGAGGGCAACGUCGUCACAGUCACAGCUCCAGUAACGAUAUGUGGCGAUAUACAUGGUCAGUUCCACGACUUGAUGGAACUCUUCCGGGUUGGUGGGGAUCCGCCGGAUACCAACUACCUUUUCAUGGGCGACUUCGUCGACCGCGGAUUCUACUCGCUAGAAUCCUUCCUCUUACUCCUAUGCCUCAAAGUCCGCUAUCCUGAUCGCAUGACCCUUAUCAGAGGCAAUCACGAAUCACGUCAAAUAACAACAGUAUAUGGUUUCUACGACGAAUGUUUGCGGAAAUACGGGAGCGCAAACGUGUGGCGAUAUUGUUGCGACGUUUUCGAUUACCUUGCCCUCGGAGCCAUAGUCCUCAACGCAUCGAAUACCUUGUCGCCUCCCAAUGAUAUGACACCAAGCAUAGAGUACACCGAGCAAGAUAUCGAGAUCGAAGUCUGUAAUGCGGAUGGGGACAUCAUGAGUCGGUUUAUGAGACGAAACAGUGAUCAGUCGACGGACCGGGAGCGAAAGAGCCCCAACGGAACUCAACCGAAGACGGGGCCGCCCGGGUCGGGCGCGUCGGGUUCCAGUGGAGGCACCAUCGGAAAUCCGACGGGGGCGGUAUUGUGUGUGCAUGGUGGGUUGUCGCCGCUUAUCGAUACAGUGGACAAAAUUCGUCUAUUAGACCGCAAACAAGAAGUCCCCCACGAAGGCGCCAUGUGUGACCUACUCUGGUCUGAUCCAGACGAGAUCGACGGCUGGGGCCUAUCGCCGCGCGGUGCGGGUUUCCUCUUCGGUGCGGAUAUCGUCAAGGUAUUCAACCACAAGAACGACCUCUCACUCAUCGCGCGCGCACACCAACUUGUGAUGGAAGGUUUUAAGGAAAUGUUCGACGCAAGUAUCGUCACCGUCUGGUCCGCGCCCAACUACUGCUACCGAUGCGGCAACGUGGCGGCCGUUCUAGAGCUGUCCGAAGAUCCUACUGGGGAGAGCUUCUUCGCGCGCAGCAACGGCGACGUAGGCCGGAGCGACGGUGGCGGGGUAGAGGGCGUCAUGAUGGAGGGCGAGAAGAGACUCAAGAGCGGCCCGGCCAGGAGAUACCGCGUUUUCCAAGCGGCGCCGCAGGACUCCAGGGGUAUGCCUGCUAAGAAGCCUGUAGCAGAUUACUUCCUCUAAGGGAGAUAUUUCCACUAGCAUGAGGGUGGCAUUGUAUAAAAUGAGUAAACUUAGGCGGUCGUCAACAGUGCUUUUUACUGCCUUCUAUGGUAAUGAUACCUGAUGGAGUUCCGGGAA